GUAGUAGGAGCAUGUCAAAUAGAAGGUGGGUGGCGGACGUGAGAGAAGCCUUCUCGAAACCCAUCGUUAAGCAGUCGCUCCUGCUGCUGGCGGGUCAGCCACGAACCGACGGACCGGCCCAUUGGUUCAUCCUUUCCGUGUUUGUCCCCUUUCUCUAAGCACUGCGGAGCCUUAAGGGCACCGACCUAACUACGGACGAAGCCAGACAUGAGCCAAGGCCAGCGCUGGAAUGGAAGCUACGUUAACAACUGCAGCCGGGCGGAUAUGGUGCCGGAGAUCGCCGCCGCCGUGGGCUUCGUGUCCAGCCUAUUUCGCACCCGCGGCUGCGUUAGUGAGCAGCAGCUUCAGGUUUUCAGUGCGGCUCUUGAAGAGGCGCUUACAGAGCAUUACAAACAUCACUGGUUUCCCGAGAAACCAUUCAAAGGGUCUGGCUACCGCUGCAUCCGUAUCAACCAUAAAAUGGACCCUAUCAUCAGCAAAGCAGCUAGCCAGAUUGGACUCAGCCUUCAGCAACUGUACCAGCUCUUGCCUAGUGAGCUCACGCUCUGGGUAGACCCUUAUGAAGUAUCCUACCGAAUAGGGGAGGAUGGAUCCAUCUGCGUUCUGUAUGAAGCAUCAGCAGCACCAGUGAGCUCCUACGGGAUGCUCACCUGCAAAAAUCAGAUGAUGCUGGGGCGCACUAGCCCUUCCAAAAACUACAUGAUGACCGUCUCCAGCUAAGCACUCCUUGUUAUCCGUAACAUUGCCAAGACAUGGGCUACUGUAUACCUCAACUUGAGGAUGUAUUUUUAAAAAAAUGAAGAGCUAUUUAUAUUUUUUUAAAAAAGAAAAUCCAAAAUGAAAUUCAAUAGCAGGUACCGCUCUUCUGUAGAGUGGUGCUAAGGUGCCUUUUAAAAGCUGUUUGCAAGCUUACAAGUUUAUUAAAAAAAAAGCCAAUAACUACCUAAUUAGUGUUGGAUGACAAUUCUGGAAUGUUGACCUGCCUUUUUGGGAAAUGCAGGGUUGGAAAUAAAAGUACAGGGGGCUGGGCAGGGCAUAGCACUUUUAAACAGUGACUAACAAUGGGGUAAAUGCUACUACAACUGUGAAUCUACAGGCCAGGAUGGUAGUAAAGUGAGGAACUGUGCAUGUGGAUCAGGAUGGCAUGACCUCAUUCUAGCUGUGGCGCUUUUUUCCAUAAAAUGUUUCUUUUCAUCUGAUUAUACUGACAAGCCACUAUAUCACCAGCUUUAUAUUCUGUUCCAAUUAGCAAUGGUUUUGUUUUGCUUUAUGGCAUAAUCAUUUUGCUUAGACACCCAGUCACAACUACAGCAACUUUAUUUUUUGUCUAGUGGGUGGUGGGUUUUUAAAAGUCUGACCAUCAUUUUGCACCAAAACCUGUUUUCUUUCUGCACUUGAUCCCAAAUUUCAUGCUUAAGUAAUAUUCCUACUGGUGCCUGAACAUGUGGUUUCUGAUGAUGGAAUUUUGUUGGUAAAAGGGUUUCAGGAUGUGGCCUGUGUAACUGGCUAGCUGGUUACUCUUAACAGUUAACUCCUGACAGCAAAAGUGCAAUGGCCAGGCCAAUAUGAACAAAAUCUAUCUGCUGGAAACAUGCCUUCACCACAGUUUUGUCUAUUCCACUGCCUUUAAUACAAUCUUGUAGAAUUCCUGACAAUGCUGCCAAUAAUUAUUGCGGAGAAGUGAUUAUAUAACCAGGGCACUUAACUUUUUUGAAAAACAAAAAAUCUUCAGAGCACAUGAUUGGCUUGGUUUUUCUUUGUUUGCUUCUCCAGAGCUCCUCCUCAGCCUGUUGCAAAUUGAGUUCUCAGAUACUGUGCAAUAUGGAUCCUAAAAUUUGGGCACUCGGAGGAAGAGCUGUUUUUGUGGGAAAGUUUCCUGUUUGCAAAAUGACUAUUCAUUUUGCUCCUGAAUACUGCUCAGAUGAUUCCUAAAAUGUCCUUGAAUAGUCAGAGGUCUGAGUAGGCAAUAUAAACCUGCAGUGGCAUAUCUUUUAUGGGGUGUGAAGGUUUUUUUCUUUUUCAAAAAAGAACACAUUACUAUUCCUUUUUGGGAAAGGCAUGGAUCUGCCCCAGGUUGUUCUCUUCCUGAGCAACUCCUAGUGAGAUGGAGAGCUGUGCAAGGGUAUGGUUAAUCAUCUUGUGAAAUUCUGAUUCAUUUCAGUGGCUUGCAUAGAAAAACUUAGUUGUAUCCCCAAUUUUCCAACUUUGAAAUGGUAGCCACUAUUGUACAGCUGUCCAUCUAAUUCAGUGUUUCUCAACCUUGGCAAGUUUAAGAUGUGUGGACUUUAACUUCCAGAAUUCCCUGGGAAUGCUGGCCGGGGAAUUCUGGGAGUUGAAGUCCACACAUCUUAAACUUGCCAAGGCUGGGAAACACUGAUCUAAUUCCUUCCAGUUUACUAUGAAAAGCUUUUGUUUUAUGUAGGCCAGAGCUUAUGUUCAGUUAUUGCAAAGGCUGUAAAGCACUAAGUUCCCCUAUGAGAUUAAAAAAAAAAAUAGUGCCACCACUCCGUUAGCAGACCUGUGCAAUAUUUGGUGGCACAAAGGGGAACACUUUCUGCACUGUAGCUUUCCCCUCUCAAGAAAAGUUUCUGUUCAAAGUCUGCCUAAGAGCCUUGUUCCUUCUUUGGUAUCGUAAAACCCGAUAGGAGUGGGAACUGUAAGAUAGCCUGCAACAAAAGUUUGUUUAGCUGUGCUCCCUGCCUCUAUUCGGAAUUUCCCAAAUACCAGUAACCAGGUUGGCAUGCUCAAUGCAACUCUGAUAAAGGUAUCUUGAUGGUUCCCCUUAGUCCUUCCUUUCCACUGAAGCAUUCUGUAAAAACCAAAUUGUUAUUCUAUCUCCUCUGGUUUUCUUUCCCAAUAUCCUUGAAGAGUUGAUAGAGAAACAGAAGAGGUUACCAAAUAUCAUGCUGUUACACUUGGCAUUGAAUCGAGUGUUAAGGUUUUCUUUUCUUUCUUUCGUCACAUUAAGACAACCAAAUUUGGACCCAAUCUGUUGUGUAACUUGUGCAUGUAAAAGCUGUGAAUUGAUGUGUGCUCUUUGUUGCCUUCAGAUUAUGACAUAAUGAGUGCUGAAGAACUGUACUAGAAACUGCCUAUGGGGUGUGAGUGUGUGUCUUUUUUUGCCUCCUCUUUUCAAAGAUGUUUGCAAAACUUGAGCUGGACUGUUGAGCGGGACCUAGUUUCAUAACUGGUGAAAAUAAUACCAAGUUUGUAAGCUAUUGUGUGGGGGAGGGAUGAUUAUUGUACAAUGGUGUUUUUAUAUGCAAAAUGUACAGAUAUAUUGAGAAAUGUACACUUUUGAUACUUUAAUAAAAAUGUAGCAAUUUAAAUACAUAGUUGGAAAAAUCAAA